GAGGAGGAUGAAGCAGAAGAAGCUGAAGGGCGGCCCGGCCCGACCCGGCCCAGGCCGUAAACGGAAGGGUCUCAGUGAUAUCUCGCCCUCGACCAGCUUGCCACCUCUUGUGGAAGGACAGCUGCGCUGCUUUCUGAAGCUGACUGUUAGCAAAAUCUUGUGGAUGGUUGCCAAGCCGCCCCCUUCCUGCCUCAUCCGAGCCAGGUGGUGGGGAGAAACCUCAGACGGCACUGUCUUUGUCCCCCGGGAUACCUCGCAAGCUGAGCAAAAGACACUUAAAACCACCACCCGCUACCCAGUUCGGUGCGGACCGAAACAGUUCUCCUCUUACCUGACAGAUAUGGGUGUUCUUAUCCUGGAAGUCAUGACCAAAUCAGAUCACCUCCCAAUUGGACGGGUUCAAAUCAGCGGGCUGGCACAGCUCUCUCCAAGCCACCCAACCAGUGGAUUUUUCACCAUUGUUUCACCAACUUCUGAAAAGAUGGGGGAGCUGCAGGUAUCGCUGGUUUUGGAGCCUCUGUCUGAAACCUAUGACAACAGUAGCUCCAUCCCAAACACAGACGUGAGCUUCAAUGUUGGUUUGUCAGCACAGGGAGCCAAAGAAGCAGCCGAAACUAGCCCAUUUCUUGCCCCAUCACAGCUCCACAGGCCACCCAGCACAAAUAUCAUUGGAAGAGAGUCUUUGAACAGCAGCAGGGCCACUACACCAAGGGGAAAGGAUCACUUGUACUUCCAAGAGAACUCCGAGAACGUAAAAGACUUUUCUGGGCCUCGGCAUCACCUGAUCCUGGGGCCGAGUGAUUCCUUGACUGCAAAUGAUCCCAAGCAACAAGGAUCGUUUCCCAGCAGCUCUGAUCGUGAGGCUCAAGUUAGGUUAGCUGGGAGGAGUCCAAAUCCAAUCCGUGUUCUUUCUUGCAACAACCCAGCCACAAAAGAUCUCCUUUCAGCCCUUUUGGAUCAAGGCAACCGGCUCCGAGAUGCCAUGGCGGUGUCCGCAAUGAAAUCCUGUCUAGCGCCUGGUAUGGAGCUGAACGCGGCUCAUCCUCUGGCAAACCGAGACAUCGGCAGACUAGCCGCGAAGAAUCUUAAAAACCUGAACCCCGUCCACGUGUCUGCUGUUCAAGACCCACUUCAGCCGCCGCUUGACUGCUCGGAAUUUGAUUUGCAUGCUGAAAACAGAGCCAUCCAGCUCUUGUUGGGCAGUUCUGAUUUUUCUCCUGUACGGCUUUUGGAUGGUACAGGCUCCCCUCCGGAAUCUCUCUCUCUUGGGAGUGACAUGUAUGACAGUGAGCUGAAUGACCCCCACUAUGACCAAAGUCUGUUAGAGAAUUUGUUCUACACAGCUCAAAAGUCUGACAGCAGCUUAAGUGACUUCCUCAGCGAAGAGGAGGAUGGUGUUUCUUCUGGGAAACUAAAGCGGUCACAGAACAGCAAACCUCAGAGGUCUCCAAAGGCUUUGGAGCCUAGCCCCUUGGGUCAGAAAGGGAAAGGCGUAGAGACGAAAUCCAGCAGUUCCCCUGGUAGACCCCUUGCUCUUCAUGAGACUUCCAUGGAGUCUACAGGGGAAACACAAGCAGUCAACUUGAGUCUCGACAGGCUGACAGUGUUGGGUCGGAUCCAUUUAGCGAGAGCAGUGGUCGAGAGCUUAAGGAUCCCCCCUGAAGACGGCACUCAGAGCAUCCCAGGCAAAAAAAGUUCCACCGGAAAACCACCUAGGCCAACAUUGGCUAAAAAGAGGACGUACUUUGUCGAGUAUCACUUUCCAGUGGGAACCUCGAAGAAUGGAAUAGGACAGGUUGCCGUGACUACGGAAAUAGUUCGGGUAGCUUCAAGUAAGAUCUCCGGGGAAGUGGUGAAAUUUCAACAGCGGUACGUGUUCCCCGUUCACUUCAGUGGCUCAAUGAUAACACACUGGUGGAACUCGGACCUUGAGUUUAACAUCUAUGUGAAAAAAGGUGCACAAAGGAAGCCUCAGCUGGCUGGCUCAGCAGCUUUUCCUCUCCGUGAUGUAAUUCAGUCUGAGCAACUAACGGUCAGCCACGAACUGCCUGUGAAAGAAGAUGGUGUUCCAGCCCAGCUUGGGCCUUUAAAGGUGGCAUUGGAGCUUGCAGCUGACAACAAAGACUUCUCCAGCGCCCACGCCAGGGCAGUGAACGUGGCACUGCAGGCUCCUGUUUACUCGGUGAGGAGCCCUGGGGUGAAGUUUCCAGACGUUGGCAGGAGCAACGCCCCUGCUGAAAGCCCUCGUCUCUUGAAACAAAGCCAUUGCCAGCUCUCAAAGAGAAGCCAAGAACCCAAGCUGGCAGCUUCAGAAAAACCCAGCCUGGAUGUGGGUUGGGGGUCCAUGCCGACCUCCGUGUCCCGUAACCUCCUGACCCAGUUGAGUGCAUCUGAAGAGGAGGGCUUGCUGUUGCACGUCCUCCUGAUGGUCCCGGAAGGGCGGGUCUUUGUUCCUCAAGACGCUGGGCUCCGCGGCUCUUGCAACGCGUAUCUAAACUGCAAACUCUUCAGCACGGAAGAAGCCACGAGGUCUGCUGUCGUAUGGGGAACCACGCAACCCACCUUCCAUUUUUCCCAGGUAACUCCUAUUUCAUUGACGUCUAAACAUCUGGAGAGGCUGAAGAACAACGUCAUGGUAAUAGAGGCUUGGAAUAAGGUGCACAGCCCUGGAGGGGACCGGCUGCUAGGACUGGUGAAACUCCCACUACAUCAGUUCUAUGUUUCAUUCAGGGACCCCAAGAUUUCCAACCUGUUGCUUCAGGCUCAGUACCCAGUGCUGGCCGUGGAUGGCUCCGUGCCUGUGGUGGAUGUCUUCACCGGCAGCAAAAGCGGGAGCCUGAAGGUCAUUCUGGCCAUGGGUUCCGCAGACCAGGUUGUGGCCCUGCAGAGGCUCAAGAACGAAGAAGGGGUGGCGCCUCCGGUUGGGCAGCGCCCUCCACAUGCCCUGGACUCCCUUCCUGCGCCUCUUUCAAAGCCGUCAGACCGAGAACAGGAAGACCUGAUGGAGCAUGUCUUUGAGAUCCACAUUGAGAGUGUCAAAGGACUCACUCCCCUCCAGUCCACCGUCUGGGGAGAAGCUGACUGUUACGUGCAGUAUCACUUUCCGGUUCAGGAGUUGGAAUCCGACGUGCUGCGUGGGAAGGAGUUAUAUGAGAGCGGCCUUGAGUUAAAGCCUUUCCGCUCAGCAACUACCUUGUGCGUCCCUGACCCCACCUUCAACGACGAGCGUCAUCACGCGUUGCUGAUCCCUGCUGACGUCCCCGUCCAGCGGCUGCUGCUCAGCGCUUUCUCUGCACAAGGCUUAGCAGGAGGAGGAGGAGUCCAGUUUGAGAUCUGGUGCAGGUAUUACUACCCUAAUGUCCGGGAUCAAAUGGUCGCCAGGGGGACCUUGCCGCUGUCACGCCUGUGUGCCAUGGUGACUAUGCAGCAGCGGGAGGAAGUGGGGAUCCAGACUUUUAGCCUGCCCUUAAUCCCAAGAACUGAGGGCUCAGGGGAGCCCCAUCCCCGGUCUUCAGGUUUGCUUGACGUGAGCAUAAAGUACAGGCACUCCCUGAAAGUAGCUGAAGGCAUCCUAGCGGCUCAGACGGUUUCAAUUUCUGUUCAGAUACACUUAGCAGCUGGUUUGCAGGCAGCAGCAAGAGCUUUGGCCGACAAGAAUCCUUCGCUCCAAUAUAGCGCAGAAAUCGGAGUCAAUGCCUACGUGUCGGUCCACGUCCCCUUCCUCCCCGAGGCAGAGAGGCGCAACACCCGCGCUGUGGCUCGUACGUUUUGCCCGGAAUUCGAGCACCACACUGAAUUCCCAUGUAACCUCGUGGUCCAGAGAAGCAGCGGAGAAGCGCGUUGUCUUGGAGAGCUCUUGCAGCAUUCGGAGAUUGACUUCUCCAUCUUCCACAAGAACCUGAAUGCAGCUCCAUAUGCAACAAAAACUCAAAGUUCAAGGGACGAACUGCUUGGAGUUGUCAAGGUUCCAACCAGAGACCUGUUGAUCAGAAGAUCAGGUAUUAGAGGCUGGUACCCAAUAACUCUUCCGGAGGAUCUGGUGCCUUCUCGCUGUGAAAACGUCCUGCAGACUGUAGUUGGAGGUCUGGAGGUCUCUGUUACCUUUGCUCACCCUGGGGACCGAGAGCGCGUUCUGGAUGCUGCUAAGCUUUUAGGCUGGAACUGGGAGGAAGCCCACGCUGAGAGUCUGCAGGACGACAACGAGGAUGAAGGCCAACCUGCUCCAAAGCUUGUAACGGUUUCCGUUUCCAUCCCUCGGCUGUGGCUGCCCGUGCAGUGCGUGUUACUUGCAGGACAGGCGCACUUAAAUAAAAGUGUCUAUUGCUACGUUCGCUAUAAGUUGUACGAUCAAGAAGCCACGUUGACAUCCCUUAGCAGGCCCAGAUUCGCCGAAGACCAGAAACACGUGACCGUGACCUUUAAGAAAACCGAACGAGUGGAUCUUCAUUGGAGCCAAGCGUUAUUGUGGUACUUCGGAGAGGAGAGGUUGGAGCUCCAGGUGUGGCGAGCUUAUGGGAACGAAAGCAGCACCGACAGACCGCUGGAUUCGGACCGUCUGAUUGGGUCGGCCUAUGUGGACCUUGCGGUGCUUGGAGAGAGCUCAAGACGAAGGAGAACAGUGAGCGGUGUCUUCCCCUUGUUCCAACGCAAGGCUUCAAACCUGUUGGGAGCCGCUGUGCGGGUUCACAUUUCUGUGGCUUCCGCCGGCCCCCGCAGAUUCGAACCUGCUGAAAACGGGAGCGACGGCAGCAGCGGCGAAAGUGAAGCAAAUCGGAAGGUGACUGAACAGGACUUGGAGCUUCCCUUGGAACCCAGUGCCUCAGUUGUGGAAAUCCUCAAUCAAAAACCAUCGGAGGAGGAGUCUCCUCCUGCAGUGGAUCCCGAGAAGACGUUUGCUGCUAGCAUCCUUGUGGAAAGAGCCAUGCACUUGAGCUUAAAAGGGAGCCCUCUCACUGAACGUGGAGUAACGUCACCCAGUAGCUACGUGUCCUUCGUUGCCGCGGAUGCUGAUAACCCUGUUACCACGGAAGUGGUUGAAAAUACAGAUUCGCCUGUUUGGGGCUUUCAGCAGCAGACCAGACUCUCCAAAGAGCUUCUGUUGGACCCGCAGCAAACGCUUGUGUUUAAAGUGUGGCAUAAAGCAGAUGUUGAGCGAGUGAUAGGAUUUGCCUCGGUGGAUCUCUCCCCGCUCCUCUCUGGCUUCCAGUUAGUCUGUGGCUGGUACAACAUCACGGACUUCAGCGGACAGUGUCAGGGGCAGAUCAAAGUAGCCGUCUCCCCCCUUGAGCAUAUAACCCACCUCAAAGAGGAAAGACAGGCAAGAAGCCGGACGAAAGCUCCAGGAUCAUCGAUUCUAGCGUCAAGCCCUUUCGCGUUCCAGGCAAGGGACUUGUAUGCUGCGUUCCCCACCUACUCCACCACAGCCAGCGAAGAGCUUUUCAACUCUUCAUUGAAGGGCGCUGAUGCCACCAAUCCUGAGAGCAGAACUGGAUCCUCCAUGUCCGGGAUGCCUCGACAUAAAGAGCACGUGCAGAACAUCCGCCGAUUCCACGAAUCGCUGCAGCAAGUAGAAGGGACCACUCACCAGGUUGGAAGGCUGGACUCGCUGUCCCAUUCCUCACGCAAUUCCCUUCUCAGGACUCUCAGAAAAAACCUGAGCGAGCUGGAUGAGAUCCAGAGGUACUUCAACCAGAAGCUGACCAGGGCUCUCCCUGACGUGGGCGCUCCCCACAGAGAGAGGGAUGAGCUCGACGCCGGUAACCGAAACCCUGCCUCCAGGGGGGUAGACUCAGAAGGGCAUCAUCUCUUGGAGAAGUCCAAUCAUCUGGUUUCUCAAGUCAGCAGCCUGAUCGUUGACCUGCAGAACAAUAUAAAGAGAAAUGCCGAAGAAUCUUCAGGUGUUCACGGAGAUGACAGCAGAUGCCCGAAUGCCGAUGACGCCUUUCGUGGUGUCCUGGAGCAGAGCGAAGGAGCUGCCAGGACUGAGGUGCCCAAAGUUCUCCCAAGGAAUGAACCCUCGCCUGCUUGUGUCGACCAAGAGCCUUUAUUCCCUCUUGGGAACUCUCGUUGCGGAGGAGACGUGCUGUAUGAAUUCCUCGGCCGUGCCACCUCCCAGAGAGACCCUCCUUUAUCUGCGCACUGCAGCCAGGGAGAGGAAGACGAUGCUCAGUCCCACAGCGAGGAAGAGUAUGACGAGGACAUCAUAGAACCCAGGACUCUGAAUGAAAUCACCACCGUAACAGACAGAACCAGUCCCUGGUCCAGCGUCAUCUCUGAACCGGAGCUGGAGGCUGGCCAAGAGGCGGUGAUGGUAAGGAAUGCUGAACAGCUCGUGGGGACUGCUGAGCAUUUACUUGAAGAGGGUAGUAUCCGAAGCAGCUCCUUGUCCAAUGUAACCCAAGAAGACCCCUCGAGCCCGCCUAGCACUGCUCGAUCCAGCGAUGGUCCCUUUGGAGAAGAAGGGAGUGCCGGAUGUGUGAGAAGACAAGACCUUGAAGGUAGUUCAGAAGAGCUGUUUCAUCCUGCCCCCAUCUCCACUGUGGACCAGGCAAAGGACAGGCCUGUACAUAAGCGAAGGUCGGAUCAGGAAGCAGCACCGGCAAUCCAGGGUGUAGGGGCUGAAAGAAAGCCGUUUGCUCCGUGUAGUGGGGGUGGAGGCUUUGCAACAGCUAGGGCCGUUGCUCCAGAGAUGGGGGAAGGAAGAGAGGAUUCACAUGGCAGCUCCCAAGCUGAGGAAGGAGUCGAUUCAAGCGGUGAGAGGCAGCAGCAUUGUCCUGAACCUCAGGAUACUACACAGCAUGCUGGAAGCAGCUCUGAUGAGAGUUACGAAGGCCCACCUGAAGAGCCGGGGAAGCCUCCGAAGCCCAGCGUAGUGCUCUCUGACCCUAUUGUGGUCCCCAACUUCUUCCUUCCGCCGCAAGAUCUGGAAGCCUCCAUGAGACUGCUCAGUAUUUCUUCUUCUCCUCCUCCUCCUCCGUCAGCUUCUGCUAGUAAAGCUGGAAGCGGUGGUGAUGCUUCUGCUUCUGCUGCUGGGGCAAUCCCUUACCGAAGGCCGAACCGUCACAAGCUGAGCAUGAUUCCAACACAGCUGCCAGAAGAGGAAACGAAAAGGAUUGCUAGAAUAUUUUCUGCACAGCUCUCCACAAAACCAUAGCAGAGGAAUUAGACCCGAAGGAUGCCCAGCAGCACUAGGCGAAACUGAAAUCCCUAGCAAGGGCGGCAGCUGGGACUCACUGCAAGGACGGUCUUCU